CAGAAUGUGCUCUCUUCUUGUUGCAACAAUUGGGAAGGAGAUACAGGAACAUUGGGUCCCACAUCACUAGAUUCAGGAGCAGUUAUUACCCUAUAACCAUCAGGCUCCUGAACCAGCGUGAAUAACUUCACACACCUCAGCACUGAACUGAUUCUAUAGACUCACUUUCAAGGACUCUACGACUUACGUUCUCAGUAUUUAUUUAUUUUUGUGUUUGCACAGUUUGCCUUUUUUGCAGUAAAUUUAUUUGUUAACUUGAGGUACAGUGCAGAACAGGCUCUUCUGGCCCUUUGAGCCACACCACCCAGUAAUCCCCCGAUUUAAUGCUAGCCCAAUCAUGGGACAAUUUACAAUGACCAAUUGGUAACGCCUUUGGAAUGUGGGAAGAAACUGGAACACCCGGAGGAAACCCACACGGUCACGGGGAGAACAUACAAGCUCCAUAUUGGCAGUGGUGGGAAUCGAACCUGGGUCUCUGGUUAAAUGGCGCCAGGCAUCCUGAUGGAGGUGUGUGUGGAUUCUGUGGAAUCAGCUAUUAGUGCCGAAAGGGGAGGGGCAAGUCGGAUUGAACUGUGUUCCAGUUUGGUGGAAGGCGGCGUCACCCCUAGUAUUGGGUUGCUGCAGGUUGUUAAACAGUAUGUGAAGAUCCCAGUGUUCGCUAUGGUCCGCCCGCGAGGAGGGGACUUCCUCUACACUGACAGUGAGAUCGAAGUCAUGAAGGCCGACAUCAAGAUGGCCAAAGCCAGUGGUGCAAAUGGCAUUGUGUUUGGGGUAUUGACGGAAGAUGGAAGGGUUAACUGUGAAGUGUGCUUGGAUUUAAUUGCUGAAUCACGACCCUUGCCUGUGACUUUUCAUAGAGCUUUUGAUAUGGUGCAUGACCCCUCCACGGCACUGGAAUGUCUCAUCUCAUUGGGCUUUGACCGUGUCCUCACCAGCGGAUGUGACAGCACUGCCCUUGAGGGGUUGCCGACUCUCAGGCACCUGGUAGAACAGGCAAAACAAAGGAUAAUUGUUGUAGCAGGUGGCGGAAUAACAGAAAGAAACCUGCAGCGGAUUCUGGAAGGCUCUGGCAUCUGCGAAUUUCACUGUUCUGCUCGAUCUUCCCGAGACUCUUUAAUGAAGUUUCGAAACAACUCGGUCUCCAUGGGAGCCUCCCUCUCCCCGCCAGAGUACAGCGUGAAAGUGGCAGACAUCUGUAAGAUUCGAACAUUGAAUGCCAUUGCCAAGGACAUCGUAUAAAUAUGAAGAGCAUCAAGCCUGGGUAAAGAAGGAACGUAGAGAAGCUACAAGGAAGAACUUACGUGUUUUAAUGCGGGUCUUAUCAUUUGAAAAAGGUUCUUUAGUUACUGCCUGAGAAAGGAGCAGCUAGGAUAAUUGGACUGAAAAGGAGUUGUAAUGGAUGGGGAGCCUGUCUGCAUCUCUUUUGAAGAUCAUGAACCAUCAGGUCUGGUUUAAAUGUUCUGCAGUUCAUGCCUAACCAUAUGAAGAUGGAUCUCUUCCCACUCAAAGUGUGUGGAGUACAAUCUCUAGUUAACAAUUAUUACAAUUAAAAACUUGCCUGGUUGGACCUCUUUUUCUGUUAUAAAGUCCCCUUCUCUUACCCUUCCCUCCCUUUCUCUAGUGUGUGACUCUUUGUUGGGAUAUAGGUCUACGGUGCCUAACUCAGUUGUGUGUGACACCAUUCAGGAUGGCCACUCUCAAUUCUACCUGGCCACAGAUGUCUACAUCCCUCUCUAAAUCUGGAAUGGGAAGCACUGAUGAGUUCCUUUCAAUCCAGCUAUGAUACGCCUGAUGUCCAGCUGAUACUUGGAACUCCACAUAGGACUAGGGAUUAAAGCUGGGGUGCUUCUGCCCUGUGUUAUCCCUGGAUAAGACAAAAGUCGUAGGAGCAGAAUUAGGCCAUUCGCCCCAUUGAGUCUGUUCCGCUAUUCCAUCGCAGCUAAUUUAUUUUCCCUCUCAACCUCAGUCUCCUGCCUUCUCUACAUAACCUUUGAUGCCCUUACUAAUCAAGAACAUAUCAAACUCCACUUUAAAUAUACUCCAAUGACUUGACCUUCACAGCUGUCUAUGGCAAUGAAUUUCACAGAUUCACUAGCUUCUAGCUUAAAAAAUUACACCUCAUCUCUGUUCUAAAGGGACGUCCUUGCAUUUUGAAGCUGUGUCAUCUGGUCCUAGACUCUCCUACUACUGGAAACAUCCUCUCAUGUCCACUCUGUCUAGGCCUUUCAAUAUUUGGUAGGUUUCAAUGAAUUCGCUGUUUAAUCCCCCCCUUGUUUUUCUAAACUCACAGAACCGUAAGGGAAACAAUUUUACGAUUGCAAAAUAUGUUUCAUAUUGCUUUUGUCCUGAAAGACCCCAAUAAGUUGAUAGCUUUUUGUUGGUUUUAAUUCAACUGCUUUUGAUAUGAUCAAUUAUUCAAUAAUUGAUAUAAAAGUUGAUGUCAUGGGCAAAAGGUUGAUGUCACUAGUGCCUCUGCUUCUUUAGGAAGUUAAAGAAAUUCAGCAGGCUCUCAUUGUUUCUUACCAAUUUUUAACAAUGUACCGUAGAAAACAUUCAUUCUGUCUGGAUACGUUACGAUUUCAUAUCGCAACUGCUCUGCACAUCACAAGAACCCACUCCCCCUACACUGACUUUCUAUACUUCUUGCUGCCUGAAACAGUCAGCAUAAUCAAAGACCCCACCCACACCGAGCAUUCUCUCUUCUUCCUCCUCCCAUUGGGCAGAAGAUACAAAAGCUUGAAAGCACCUAUUACCAGGCUCAAGGACAGUUUCUACCCUGCUGUUGCCGGCUUUUAAACGGACCUUGUACAACAAGAUGGACUCUUGGCCUUAUACUUUAUCGUUUACCUGCACUAUACUCUUCCAGUUCAUUUUAUUCUGCAUUGUUAAGUAUACCUUAUUCUAACUCAAUGUACUGCGCGAUGAUUUAAUCUGUAUCAACAGUUUGUAAGACAAGCUUCUCACUGUAUCUGGGUGCACGUGACAAUAAUAAUCUAAUGUCAAUAUCAGUACCAUGCUGAAGCAAACUAAGAAACAAAUAUCGUUAAUUCUUUGUUAGUUUUCUGCCUAAAUGGUGAGAUUUCAUCUGUAGAAUUGGGAGUUUAGAGUCAUACAGCAAGAAACAAUUCCUUCAGCCCACCACCAAGCUCCUAUCCAUUAUAGUAGUAGUCAUAGUCAUAGUCAUACUUUAUUGAUCCCGGGGGAAAUUGGUUUUCGUUACAGUUGCACCAUAAAUAAUAAUAGAACCAUAAAUAGUGAAAUAGUAAUAUGUAAAUUAUGCCAGUAAAUUAUGAAAUAAGUCCAGGACCAGCCUAUCGGCUCAGGGUGUCUGACCCUCCAAGGGAGGAGUUGUAAAGUUUGAUGGCCACAGGCAGGAAUGACUUCCUAUGACGCUCUGUGCUGCAUCUCGGUGGAAUGAGUCUCUGGCUAAAUGUACUCCUGUGCCCACCCAGUACAUUAUGUAGUGGAUGGGAGACAUUGACCAAGAUGGCAUGCAACUUAGACAGCAUCCUCUUCUCAGACACCACCAUGAGAGAGUCCAUUUCCAUCCCCACAACAUCACUGGCCUUAUGAAUGAGUUUGUUGAUUCUGUUGGUGUCUGCUACCCUCAGCCUGCUGUCCCAGCACACGACAGCAAACAUGAUAGCACUGGCCACCACAGACUCAUAGAACAUCCUCAGCAUCGUCCGGCAGAUGUCAAAGGGCCUCAGUCUCCUCAGGAAAUAGAGACGGUUCUGACCCUUCUUGUAGACAGCCUGGAAUUACUAAUUCCAUUUACCAGUGACUUUUACCCUGGUGAUUUACAUGCUGAUUGAGAUGGUCCGUGUGAAAGUCUCUGCCUUCCCCACACGCUCAGUCAUUGUGUUCCAGAUCCAACCACUCAGAGUAAGAAACUUGCCCCAUUGAUCCCCUCAAAACCUCCUUGCCCAAACCUACUGUCUAGUUUUAGACACCCUACUAAAAUUGGUAAGUUGGUUCAUUAUUGUCAGGUGCACUGAGAUGCAGUGAAAAGUUUGACCUGCAUACCAUCUCUACAGUAAUACAUAGGAAAACAAUAAUAGGAUGCAAAAUAAAGUGUUACAGUUACAGAGAAGGUGCAGUGCAGGCAGAUACUAAGGUGCAAGGUCACAACAUGUUAGAUGGUGAGGCCAAGUCCAUCUUAUCAGACAAGGAGACUAUUCAGUAUAGAAAUGGGAUAGAAGCUGCCCUUGAGUCUGGUGGUAGGUGUUUUCAGGCUUUUGUAUCUUCUGCCCGAUUGGAAAGGGAAGAAGAGAGAAUAUCUGGGGUGGAUGGGGUUUUUUAUUACGCCGGCUACUUUACCACGGCAUUGAGAAGUUUGGAAGGCAUCCCUGGAGUGGAGGAGGCUGAUUUCCAUGAUGUGCUGAGCUAUGUUUUGCAGAAAGAUGUUUCUUGUUAAAUAAUCUUUAUGCCCAUUAGUAAAGCCCAUUGAUUCUACUGUCCCUUAAAGCGAAGUACUCUGGACCACCACAGUUUUUUCUACUGUCCCUUAAGGUAAAGUUCUCUGGAGCAUCACAACUUGAUGUGUUAAAUGAUUCCUAAUGUUGAUUUCAUAGCCAAUCUCCCUAAACACGUGUCUUCCGAUAACAGGUACCCAGCUCUCCUCCUUCUAUCUGUCAUAGAAUACAGCAGCACCGAAACAGGUCCUUUGGCCCAUCUAGUCCAUGCCAAACUAUUAUUCUGCCUUGUCCCAUUGAUCUGCAGAUGAACCAUAGCCCUCCAUACUCCUCCUAUCCAUGCACUUAUCCAAACUUCUCUGAAGUGUUGAAAUCAAACUCCCGCCCACCACUUCUGCUGAUUUGCAAAAUUCUCAGUGAAGAAGUGCCCCCUCAUGUUGCUCCUCAGUCAUACGUAACUGAAUAUUCUGUUCUAAGGAGAGCUGUCAUAGCUCCUCUGGUGUUGUUCCUCAUUCCCUGGAUCCUUCCAAUACAUCUCGUUAAUAAAUCUCUUUUAUACCUCCUUAAAGACCUUGACCACCUUCUCUUGACUCACUUGUGGGUCUCAGAUUGAGGCCAAACCAGUUAUGUUUAUACUUUGUCAUCUAAGCUUUCCUUUUAAAAAUAAA